AUGGGUGUCGACAUCAACCAUAAACACGAUAGGAAAGUACGGCGCACCGAAGUUAAAUCUAAGGAUGUGUACCUUAGGUUGCUGGUCAAGCUGUACAGAUAUUUGGCAAGACGUACUGAUGCUAAGUUUAAUCAGAUUAUCCUACGCCGUUUAUUUAUGAGCCGCAUUAAUCGUGCACCUAUUUCCCUUUCUCGUCUGGCACGCCACAUGAAGAAACCCACAAGGGAAGGUUUGAUUGCUGUAGUUGUUGGUACUGUCACCAAUGAUGUGAGGCUGUACACUGUCCCCAAAUUGACUGUAGCAGCUCUACACGUUACUGAGAAGGCACGGGCCCGUAUUUUGGCUGCUGGAGGUGAAAUUUUAACAUUUGACCAGCUUGCUCUCCGUUCACCUACUGGGAGUAAAACAGUGCUUGUUCAGGGCCGAAGGAAUGCUCGUGAAGCCGUCCGUCACUUUGGACCGGCUCCUGGAGCCCCAAGAUCACACACUAAGCCUUAUGUGCGCUCAAAGGGCUUGGAACGUGCUAGACCUCAUCGUCGUUCUAACAAGUAA